AUGUGUUUAUUUCCAAUGGGAGGUGGUGGCUUUAAUAUGCAGCCUGUAGUUCCCCCUACUUAAAAAGGUUUAGUUCACAAAUAGCGACUAUAUAUUGUAAUGAUUGUUCACUUAGUGUUAUCAAUCUUUUACAUGUUUUUCAACAUUAUGGGAGGCAUAUUUGAAUUAUUUAGUGUGGCUAUACUCUGGUGUGCCUCAGCAUAGAUGAAUUACUGUCAACUUAUUAUCUACAUGGUUAUUCAAGGCAAUAAAUUAAUUACUACUUUUGCUACAGUGGCUAUUGCUUUCAGCUUUUACGCUUAUAGAGAAUUUAAGGGUAUGAUGUUUGAUCAUGGAUAAAGCAAUCCAGGAGGACUUGGGAAUCUUUUAGGCUAGAAUAUGGGUGGAGGUAUGGGAAUGGGACAAUAAAGAUAAUAGUAAUCAGAUAACAGUAUUCCUUUAAUGCCACAGAAUAAUAAUAGACAAUAAUAGUAGUAGCCUCCUGCAUAUGCUAACAAUAAUAACAAUGCAUACUAUCAAAACGAUAUGUAAAGAGGAGCACCACCUGUACCUUAGAGCUAACCUAAUUAAGGACAAGGAAGGGGCUAAUUUGUUCCUUUCAGUGGAUAAGGAGUUAGAAUUGGAUGA